AUGAUGUACUUCCGUCCUGUUUUGAUUGGCCAAGAAAUUGAUUUCUACUCCCGGCCGUGGAAGGAGCGCAUCGUGAAGGUGGUGCGGCAGAAGGUGGGCGGCCUGGGGCUGAGCAUCAAGGGCGGCGCCGAGCACAAGCUGCCCAUCCUCAUCUCGCGCAUCUUCAAGGACCAGGCCGCCGACCAGACGGGCGAGCUCUUUGUUGGGGACGCCAUCGUCAAAGUAAACGGCGAAUAUAUAACAAGAUGUAACCAUGAUGACGCUGUCAACAUCCUUCGCAACGCGGGCGACAUAGUAAUGCUAACAGUAAAGCAUUACCGCGCCGCCACACCUUUCCUCCAGAAAAGU